AUGGCUGCCUCGAAGCUUGCAACAAUUGGCAUCCUGUCCCUUGGAGAUAUGGGCACAGGCAUUGCGAAACUCCUCGUAGCCAAGGGGUUUUCAGUCGCAACCAAUGCCAAAGGACGUAGUCAAGACACACUAGAUAGAGUCAAGGCGGCGCAAGUCGAAAACAUCACAUCAGACAUCGACCUAGUCAAGAAAUGUGACGUCUUGCUCUCUAUUGUCCCUCCGCGCGAUGCGGCAGCGACGGCGCAGCGGGUCAUCGACGCCCUCUCAGGCGGCGUCAAGAGGGAGCCCCCGCUGUACUUUGCUGACAUGAACGCUGUUGCGCCGUCUACGAUCAAGGACAUCGCCCAGAAGAUUGACAAGGCUGCCGUUCCGGUGCGCUUUAUCGAUGGAAGCAUCCUCGGCGGUCCGCCAGCGCCAAAAGACUCGCCGGAGGGAGAAUGGGAAGUGCCAUGGCUCCCAGCGUCCGGUCCGCACAAACUAGCUGAUAUUCCGGGGUACGGCGAGACCCUGUCGAAGACUCUCAACAUCAAGCACAUCUCGGAUACCAUUGGGGCCGCAUCUGGUUUGAAGAUGUGCUUCGCCUCGCUGUCCAAGGGCUACACGGCCAUCGCUAUACAGUCUUACACAACGGCGCAGCGUCUCGGCGUGCUGGGUGACCUACAGGAGGCGCUGGCUGCACUCGCCCCGGCGCGUGUGGUGCAGACUGAGAAAGGCCUUGUGGGCAUGGCACCUAAGGCUUAUCGAUGGGUUAGGGAAAUGGAGGAGAUCUCCAAGACGCAUGUCGAGGAAGGGGGCUUUGAGCCAUUCAUCUUCCAAGGAGCCGCAGGUGUUUACAAGUCGGUAGCGGAAGACACAGUCCUCGGCCAGGAGAAGAUCGGACAACGGAAGAGAGGCCGGACCGCGGAAGACAUAGCAGCUGCUAUGGCGGAGGGAUUGGAGCAGAAGAGGAAGAAGACGGAUUGA